UAGCGCCUCUGUGGAGGAGUGUCCAUGUUUGCUAUUUUGUUCAGCCACCAAAGAGUGACGCGUCCUUUACUCGUUGUCUGUUGACGGUGAAAGUUGCCCCGACAAUCCGACAAGACCCUGAUACAAUGACAGACAACGGCCUAGUAGCAAGUCCAUACCGGUGCUGGAGGCGUCCAGACUUGCCCAGCAAGUGCACCUAUGGCUCAAGCAAAGACUCCCCUCACAUGCAUCGCAAAUGCGUUGAGAAGCCCAAGAUCAUGGAGACAAUCCUGGAUAACAUCGGACAGACACCGCUCGUCAAGGUCAACCGCAUCACCAAGAAGGACAACAUCAAGUGUCAACUCCUGGUCAAGUGUGAGUUCUUCAACGCUGGCGGGAGUGUAAAGGACAGGAUCGGUCUGCGGAUGAUCUUGGAUGCCGAGGAGAAGGGACAUCUGAAACCUGGAGAUGUCCUCAUCGAACCCACCUCCGGAAACACAGGUAUUGGUAUCGCCCUGGCGGCAGCGGUGAAGGGCUACCGCUGCAUCAUUGUGAUGCCAGAGAAGAUGAGCAUGGAGAAGGUGGACGUGUUGCGAGCUCUGGGCGCGGAGAUUGUUCGGACCCCCACCAGUGCUGCCUUCGACUCCCCCGAGUCCCACAUCGGGGUGGCCCGCCGUCUGAUGGAGGAGAUCCCGAACUCCCACAUCUUGGAUCAGUACCGGAACGCUAGCAACCCCCUGGCUCACUACGACGGAACUGCAGAGGAGAUCCUCAAGUCCUGUGAUGACAAGCUGGAUAUGCUGGUGCUGGGUGCGGGCACGGGGGGCACGUUGACGGGCGUGGCCAGGAAGAUUAAGGAGCGGUGCCCCAACUGUAAGAUCAUUGGCGUGGACCCCGAGGGCUCCAUCAUUGCCGAGCCAGAGGAGCUGAACAAAACGGACAAGAUGUUCUACGAGGUGGAGGGCAUCGGCUACGACUUCCUGCCUACCGUGUGUGAGAGGAAGUUUGUGGACAAGUGGUACAAAUCGGUGGACAAGGACUCCUUCAUUAUGGCGAGGAGGAUGAUCCGUGAGGAGGGACUACUUUGUGGUGGCAGUUCAGGGUCAGCCAUGGCCUGUGCAGUGAAAGCCAUCCGAGACUUUGGCCUAAAGGAAGGUCAGAGAUGUGUGGUCAUCCUGCCGGACUCCAUCAGGAACUACAUGUCCAAGUACCUGAGUGACGAUUGGAUGAGCCAGCGAGACUUCCUGGAACUAGACCGCCAGGUGGAGCCCUCCAAGGAGUGCAGCAGCUACAGGUGGUGGAGUUUGAAGGUGAACUCCCUCAACCUUCAGGCACCGCUGACAGUGACCCCCAGCGUGACGAUCCAAGAGACCUUAGAGCUGCUGAAUCGGGAGGGCUUCGACCAGGUCCCCGUUGUGGAUGAAGCUGGAUGCAUCUUGGGAAUGGUAACCGUCGGCAACAUGAUGGCGCAGGUGGUAAAGAACAAAGCCAAGUCUAACGACCCUGUGUCCAAGGUCAUGUACAAACAGUUUAAGCAGAUCCACAUGGACACAUCGUUGGGUCAGCUCUCCCGGAUGUUGGACACAGACCACUUCGUCCUUGUUGUGCACAACCAGAGACAAUCAGACGAGGGAGGCAGCUUAAUGUCCAAGAAACAGAUGAUUUUUGGCAUCGCAACAAGGAUUGACUUGCUCAACUUCAUCACACAACACGAAAACAUUGAUAAAUCCAAACAUGAGGACAAGUAGAACAGACGUUACUUGAAACAGAGGCCACUUGAAGAUGAGGGCAUUACUUGAAGCAGAGGUCAAUUGAAGCAGACGUUACUUGAAGCAGAUGCACUUGAAGCAGAUUUUGCAAAUUUAAAUUGCUGUGGUGUCCAUAUGUUGUCUCUGUGAGCUGACUAUGCCAUGAAUCAAUCUCAUUAAAAUCCGAUCUUAGUCCUCGCUAUCGCUAAACACAGAUUUGAGGACAUCCCAUUUAGGGUCACGUCAGAACGACCUUUCAUCCAACCAAUCAGAGCUUUGCUUACCAGAUCAUGAAAGUGACUGUCGGAAUGUGUUUUCUAAUCAUGCAACCACGAAAUAUUUAACAUGGGGUAUUCCGAACGACAGUUAUGGGUUUUAUUAUUAUAUCCAUACAGUCUAGGCCAUUUAUAAGCCAUUCCAGAAUGUUCUUAUCAGUUUUUAACUUUUUUAAUCGAGAAUACUCAAAAUAUGUUUCGAAGCGUAGUCGCCAGUUUGAAACUAGUGUCCUAAAGCUCGAGAAAGCUGCCUUCUGAUUGGCCAAUGUCGAUUUCUUGUCAGUCAUUUCAUUGGUCAGUCAGAAUUCGCAAAAGGUCAUUCAUGACUCUUAAUGGGAUGUCCUCAGAUCUUUGUUCAGCGGUAGCGAAAACUAAGAUCUGAUUUUAAUUAGAUUGGCCAUGAAUUAAACCAACAUUUCUCUCCUUACAUAAACGUUCAUGUACAUAGUUCUACUUGUCGGCUUGGGCUAUUGUGGAAACCGUUGAUCUGAAGAUGUUUUGUUUGUCAUAGAUAUUGUUUUUUCAUGUUGCCCUGAGUAACUCUGCAGUUACUUUCUUGGACCAACCAUUUCUUACUCUUGGAGGGGGCACGGGUGGCCCAGUCGUCUAAGGCGCCGCGAUUCGCUGUGCAGAGUUGCGUACCUUGGGCGCACCAGAAACCUAUGAUUGUGGGUUCGAAUCCCGGUUCGCUUAUGUUUCUAGGUUUGUCAGCUCCAUACCCGUGCUUGUGGGUUUCACCGAAGUGGUAAACGUCUGAGACCUGCAUCACUUCGGGCUUUCCUCCUACAUUAAGCUGACACGCCGUGAUAUAACUGGAAUACUGUUAAAAGCGGUGUUAAACCCAACUCACUCACUCACUCAUCUGCUUGUUUGACGAUUCUUUCAGGAGGAUUCACAUUCCGAAUUUUAAAGCAUUUCUACUUAUAAUCACAGGGUUUGUUUAUCAUCUUGACUGUCACAAUAUUUGGUCGCCAAAUUAAAGGAAGUCAGUGAGCGAUACCCACAGGCUAGAAGACCUGAAGUAACAUGUGACCUAAUUAUGUCACCAUGCAAUUCCCUUUCUGCACAUGACACUUGUUUAAUAAGUACAUGUUAAGGUUCAUGUCCUCAAAAACCCAAAUCCGUUAAAUAUGACACAAUGACAUAGUCAUCACUUAGGAUUAAACAUCAAGGAGGGAAUGCUUAUGACAACUUACCAGAUCAUUCGUGACCAACUCGUGUUAUUCCGGGACAAGCCAAAUAGCGACUCGUGCCCCGCUCAUGGCCAUUUUUGCGACCGGGUUCCGUCUUAGCGCAAACGGGCAUACCUAAAACAAUUGUCAACUCGUUGCGUAAUGGUUCACAUAUAUUUCCCCAUAUAUUAUAUAUAUUUCAAAUGCAAUUUAAUCCACAUCGGGACGUGCCGAAUUAUACAGUAUGAUUGAACACAUUUAACUGUCUCUUUUGGUAUAUUUUUAGAUGCAAGACAUAUGUAAAAUCAAAAAUUAUUUCUGAGGGAUUCUUUCACGAAGAACUUGAAAUCAUGCGCGCAUUCUUAUUUGUUUUUGUCGUAUUUUCGCACUUAACAUUCAUUGAUAGGGGACGAGUCUUCUUGCAGGUUACGGAAAGGGGCGAGUGGUGACGAAUGCUUACCAGAUGAGCAAUUAGCUACUUAAACAAAACUUGGAUCUUUUUUGCAAAAAAUCUCAUUUCUUCAGAGAAAAGCCAGACUUUUUUGAAAAAUUGCUGUUCAAGUCCACAUAUUUAUUUUAUUUUUAUCCCUCGGACCAGAAAUAAGUAAAAUAUUUAAAAAAAUGUUGUUUACUGUAGCUAGCAAGAUAAAUAAGUUAUUUAAAAUACAUUAGAACAUGGCCGUAGUUAACUUUUUGUGAUGGGGGGGGGUUGGUGGGGGCGGAAUAUUUGUACACUUGUCUCCAACUUGUAUUUUCAUGAUUCAAAUAAACUGUUUUCUAUCCAAAAACUUGAAGUUUUACUCUAGGAUUUCUGUUAAUUGGGUUAAUACAUUUUUCUUUGGGUAACCAAUAUUUUUUCACUCAUCUAUUGAUCACUCUAUUGUUUUUUUCUCCAAAAAUUAGUGACCAUUUUAGGAUUUAAAAAAAAGUGAAAUAAUGUUUUAGAUAUAUAUAACUGUUCUAAAUAUAUAGGUUUUGACUCGGAAAGUAAAUUAGAUAUUUGUGUUUUGGAAAUUAGCUCCUUUGUACCCAAGUUGAAAAAGCUUCAAUGGGUAUUUAUGCAUACUGUUUUAAACAUUUAAGUUUUUCAAUUCAUGCAUGUGUUUCUGUACACAAGUUAAUUGAAAGUUAUUGGGUUUUGAAUAAAAAAUGUAUUUUUUUUUUUUUUUUUUUGGGGGGGGGGGUAUUUUACGCAAAUACGCAGCUUAUCUGUAGCUCUGUAUAUACAUACAUUUUAUGUGAUAAUGUAUUGGAGAUAAAUCGGUGAUUUUGUAACCUUGUAUCCAUUUGUUUUCUCUAUCUAUGUUCAUUCUAUCCGUGUUCUUCAGCCCUGUAAUUAAAACCUGUUGAAAACUAUCUAAAAAUUUACAAUGGCAAAAAAUUAAAACCUGUUGAAAACUAUCUAAAAAUUUACAAUGGCAAAAAAAUAUUGCAAAAAUUCAUAAAAUAGGGCUUAAAAAAAUAAAAGAAUUGGUUCUCAGGCAAUGGUUUUUUAAAAUAAAGUGCGUGCGGGCGGUGCCUUUUCUUUCUUCUUUUUGUUGUUGUUGUUGUUGUUGUUCAAACUAGUAUGUAACCAAAUACACAGUACGGCCUCCCUACAUAAAUGUAUUCCUUGAGUAAAAUACUGGAAUACAGUAUUUGACUACUGUUGGACUUGGAGUUUUAAAUUAUUAUUUUUUAAAUUGAAAUUAAGACGAAAUGUGCGGUGAACUUUAUGAUCAUGUAAAAUGUAUUCCUUGACGAGUAAAAUACUGGAAUACAGUAUUUGACUUCCAUUGGACUUGGAUUAUUUUUUUUUAAAUUUUAAAUUGAAAUUUAAAUGAAAAUUCGGGUGAACUUUAGGAUCAUGUAAAAUGUAUUCCUUGACGAGUAAAAUACUGGAAUACAGUAUUUGACUACCAUUGGACUUGGAUUUUUUAAAUUUAUUUUUUUAAAUUUAUUUUUUUGAAUUGAAAUAAAAAUGAAAUGUGCCGUAGACUUUAUGAUGAUGUAGGCGGUGCCUGAGAACCAACAUUUUUAUUAGCCUGAGAUAUCUGGUCUUUCAGUAUUUGUUAACACGUUAUGGACAACGUGGAUCUGUUUCCUGCAUGACACAUACAACUGCUUUAUCUUGUCUAGUUUACUUUGGUUUCCAUGACAAUCUUGUUUGUACAAACUGCUUGAUAUCUGAAAACAGAUUUAAUGGUUUGAUUUUCUCACCUUCUGGGUCGGAUAUUAUGGCAGAUACGGUGUGUGUAUUUAAAAGAUUCAUGGAAAUUCAGAAUAUAUAAAAAUAGAGGAGCAGUGCUUAAACUUUUUUCAUCUGUUUAAUCCAGAACCUAUUAUGCGCUUAAAGACUUAAAAAAAAUAUAUUUAAAAAAUGUACCAAAUUAUAUAUAUGUAUCAACGUAAAAGAUUGGGUCAUCUUUUUCAAACUGGAUUGUGUUUUUUAUGGCAUCAAUCUUUUUUUGAUUUGCCUGUGUAUUGUCUUUACAUGCAUACAUAUUUUGUUAUAAUGUUUCAAAUAGCAUUCCUGAUAUUUUACAAUUAUUAAAUCAUUGCUCAGAUCAAUUUUUGAAAUGCUCAUAUUUAUAAACUGCUGCGAGGAGUGGAUCAUUCUUUAUGGGUUGGUGCUUCGAGUGGGGCAUUAUCGGUUCACUAUUUUGAGGAUAUUUUGUCCAACAUUGUUGCUAUAGUGAUGCAGGCAAUCUCAUUAAAAUCAGAUCCUUGUUCUCGCUACCGCUAAACAAAGAUCUGAAGACAUCCCAUUAGGGGUCACGUCAGAAUGACCUUUCAUCCGACCAAUCAGUGCGUCGAUUACCAAAUUAUGAAAGUGACUGUCAGUAAUUGAUUUCUAAUCAUGCAAUCUCGAAACUUUAACAGGAAGUAUUCCGAACGAUAGUUACGGGUUGAACGACCGAAAUCCUUACAUUCUCAUCUAUUAGUCAUUCCAGGAUGUUUUUUUGUUCAGGUUUCAAAUUUGUAAUCGAGAAUUUGUCAAAAUAUGUUUCGAAGCGUAGUCGCCAAUUUGAAAUUUGUGCCGUAAAGCACGAGAAAGCUGGUUUCUGAUUUGUCAUUCCAUUGGUCGGUCAAAGUUUGCGCAAGGUCAGUCUGACGUGACCCGUAAUGGGAUGUCCUCAGAUCUUUGUUCAGCGAUAGCGAGAACUAAGAUCUGAUUUUAAUGAGAUUGCAGCCAUGACAGCAAACAAGUCGACCAGUAACAGUUGUCGUCAGUUAAACAUUUUCACCAUAUUUAGAUCGUAAUCAACUACAGAGUUUAUAUGAAAUAAAAAUAAAAAUAAAAAAUAAAAAUUAUAUUGAUAAUGUUCCAUGACAUAGAUGGUAUAAGAGAGAGUGUAUUUAUAUUGUUACCAUUGUCUGCCAGGAUAUCUUGCCGCGGGAAUGUUUUCGAUGGCGACAGUGGGGGUCCACUUGUGUGAAAUAGCCCCAUACAUCGUCCGUCUAGAGUGGCCCCCUGAACCUGUACCUGCGACACUACGGUAGUCAUGUUCCAUUCUCAGUUGUUUUUGUCAAGGGUGUAACAAUAUUUUGGGGGUAUCAAUUUUUUUGCGAGCGGGCGGUGGGGAACAGAUACAUACAAAACAUUUCAGAUUAUAUGUAUUUAUUUUUUAUCAAAAAGGGGAAUAUAAAGCCAUAUGUGUAUUUGACAUGUGCGCCUUAUUAAAAAAAUUCAUAUUUACUUUUUAUGGCAAAAGGUUGAUUAAUGCUGAUGGAGAAAAAUAAGGGAACAGUCAUAAACUAAACGAAGGUGUACCAGUCGUAGAUGUUGAUUUUGUGAAACGUUCUCUGAUUUGACAAUCGAUAUGUACGAUUUAGCACAAGAAAUGGGUUUGAUGUGGAAAGAGUGCAAACAAGACUUUGAUAAAAAAGACUAGAGGACGCUCUUGCCUCAGGAAGAUGGAUAUUGCCAGGCUCUGUCUUUGUUUGAGGCCAGUCAAGCUGUAUCAUUGUGGUCUGUAGUAACUGAUACUGGACCAGAUAAUCCAGUGACUGAAACAAAGAGUGACGUCCUGGGCCCCUAAUGGCAGGCAGUCCACAGCUGGGGACUCUCAAUAGGUAUUGAUGUGAAAACUCUAACUGAAUCCUCUUUAUGGCUCUGUUCCCUUAUUUUUGUCCAUGAGUAUAUUGUUCAUUUUUGCAUUUGCAUCAUUUGGACAGCUGUGGUGGACCUGCUUGUAGGUUUGCUGUGCAUUUAGUCAAGGGCGGCGUUCAACAACACGAUCUUAGCACAAUCUUGUCGUAAAAAGUCUUGUGUUUUGAUUUAAGAUCUGAACAUGUACUCUUUAGUUAAUCAUGACAAUAUAUUUCUGUCCAUUUUUCACUUUUGUUCUUUUACAGCAACUAAAAGAAUAAAAGUUAAAAUAAACG